AUGGAGGCGCCGGCCGAACUGCUGGCCGCGCUGCCCGCGCUGGCCACGGCGCUGGCACUGCUGCUCGCCUGGCUGCUGCUGCGGCGUGGGGCGGCCCCGGUCCCGGCCCCGGAACGCGCGUCCCCAGCGGAGGCCCCCGGGGCUCCCGCGCCGCCUGCGCCUCCCGAGCCCUGCUCCCCGGAGCCCGCACCCGCGGGGCCGCGCCAGCCCGAGCGCAUGGCGGAACUGGGGGAGCCCGCGGCGGAGGAGCCGGCGGACGAGGGGAGGCAGGAUGAGGAGCAAGAUUCAGACAGUGAGACGGGACCGCCCACUGAAGAGCCUGAGGAAGAGGAUGGAGCGGCCUUCUCCUUCAAGUACAGCCCUGGGCAGCUGAGGGGAAGCCAGUACAAGCAGAUGAUGACCAAAGAAGAAUUGGAGGAGGAACAGAGAGUUCAGAAAGAACAGCUGGCCGCCAUCUUCAAGCUCAUGAAGGACAACAAGGAGACGUUUGGUGAGAUGUCUGAUGGUGACAUGCAGGAGCAGCUCCGACUCUAUGACAUGUAGGCCUGUCGCCCAGCAAGACGUGACCCAGGACAUCCUGAUGACCCUGAGGGACCUGGUCCAGGCAGUUGUGAUUCCCAGACUUUUGAAGGACUAUCUUGUAAAAACAGAUAGAGAUGUGUGUUAUAUAAGGA